GAACUGGUGCCACAUAGUAGCGUCUACUGAAUGUCAGAUAUGUGAAUGUGACGUUAAAUAUAUUAAUCCCUUUCGUCGUUCUAGAUACGAUGCAAAUAUAAAUAUAGGUCAGCACUUUGUCAACGUCAUACUUUCCAGAGUCCCGGUUGCAUUGCCGCUCUCGUGUGACCAGGCUCUGCGUGUGGACUGGCUUCAAGCAGGAAGUUUCCGCUACCCACUUGUUGUAUUCCUCGCUCAUGCGUUCAAAAUGGAAGCGGCAAGAAUGGAAAGAACAUUUUGGUUAAGAUAUGAGUUAACCUUGGUAUUAAAUUAGACGGUUUGCCUGAUAAAUUACAGAUUAACAAUUUGAUAAAACAGAAGUGGAUAGGAUGCACAGAUUGAUGUAGUUACCGGGACAACAUGGAAAGAAGGAAUGAGCGCGAAAGAUUAAACGCUCCUGCUGAUUUUGUGGCGUCAGAUAUGGGAGGUGAAAUGCACAGUAACUUGAUGCCACCAUCCCAUUUCACCUUGUGCCCCCAGUCCACCACGUCUUUGGGAAUGCCAGGGCCAUCAGUGGGCCGAGGAACACCUGUGACCUGGGUUACACCCACCCAGGCACCUUCUGUGGACAACGAGGAUGCCAUUCCAUGGCUAGCUAUUGUUCAAGCAAAGCAGGAAAUACUGGAAUUACACCAAAAAAGAGAGAGAGUGGCAGGGCUAUGUGGGGAUUGUCCAAAGGGUUGGAGACAGGAUUCACAGCAAGAGGCAUCCUCUAGGAUGAGAUCUGGACAGAAAUCUGACCGCAGAUGCUGGCAAGAGGCAGAGUGGAGGCUGGAGACAGGCAGGCUGAUGGCUGAAACAGAGGGGUUAAAAGGAAAGGUGGAGGCAUUGAAGGAGGCCACAGACCAACACAGGGAAGAUAUUCGAGAGCGAGACAGUUCCCUUAACAGGCGGAGUGAUGAAGUGGAAGUGUUACGGGCUGAAUUAUGUCAAAUGAAGGCUGAACUUGCUCAUGUGGAAGCUCAGCUGGAUCAAAGCAAAAUAGAGAAAGAACAGUUUCGUCUCCAGGUGGAGAGACUGAACAAUGAGAAGGAAGAGCUGCAACAGCUGUUGAAGAGGGAGGUAGAGAGAGGCAAGCUGGAGGCUCAGAGGCUCAGGACAGCAGCUCAGCUUUGUAGGCAGGAGAUGGAGGCGGCUGGCAAGGUGGAGGUAAUGAAACUCAAGGAAGAGCUGGAAGACAUACAAAGGAAACAGAAAGCAAAGUUGCAGCAGUUGUCCAUGAAACACCAUGCAGAGGUCUCAGCUUUGAGAGAAACCAGCAUUCAAAUGCAGAAAAGAUUGGGUGAUGCCACACAAGAGUCUGCCAGACUGGAGAUGUGUCUAAAGCAAGCAAGGGAGGAGGGAGACGGGCUCAAAGAAGAAUUAAGCCAAGUGGGAAAUGCUUUUGAUGCUCAGUCUACUACCCUGCAGAGACUAAGGAAUUACAUCGGACAGCCUUCUCCUGAGGGACAGGAGGUAGAGAAGCUAAGAGAGAGCCUUCAGAAACUGGAGACAGAAAAGGAGGCUUUGCAGGUGACUGUGGAGCUUUUGACAGUAAGACUGAACUCUCUGAGUGACAUACUGGCCAUACAGGAGAAAGAGAUGGGAGAAAAGAUUCUGUCAGACCCUCUUUUGAAAAUUGGCUCAAAAGGCAGUCAGAUGCUCCACUGCUGGAGGGAGAAAGUGUUUGUCUUGUUAGUGCAGCUUCACUUGAAAGAUAUUGAGCUACGAGGAGAGAGAGGCAAACUUCUCACUUCAAUAAGUACACUGGAGCAGGAAGUGAAGAAGCAGACAAAUCAGGCCCAUGUGUUGGAGCAUAGUCUACAGGACAGGACCGCUGAGCUCCACUUGGAGAGAGUUGGGAGAGAGGCAGUGGAACUGGAGCUGGCUCAGACCUUGGAGGAAAAUGGGAGAUUGAAGGGAUGCAGCCAAGAGGCACUCUCUGCGCUGAAGGGAAUUACAGAGGCAGUUCAAAGAUUCGGUCUGAUGUUUGAGGACAAAGUUUCAAUGGUACAAGCAGCUCAAAGACGCCUCAACAGUUUGACCUACAGACUUAUGUUUGCUAAAGGAAGAGUUGAUACCAUCCAAGGACUAAUGAUGAGAAAAGAGGCUCUAUGGAAAGUUCAUGAAGCUACCAAACAGACAGAGCCUACUUCUGAAAGGUCCUCUUACAACAGCCUGCUGGCAGAUUUGUCACUAGUAUGCAAAGAAAGGGAUAACCUUGCCCAGGAACUUAAAUGCACCCCAGACCUUAUUGAGAGGGCUGUCUCUGAAGCUCGGGAGCAGAUUGACUCUGAGCUCAUGCAGCUGAGGCAGGCCCUGCAGCAAAGCAGGGAGAAGGCGCUAGAGUCAGAAGCAGGCCGCACCAAGGCAGAGCAGCAGCUGCAGGAAGCCCACAGAGAUUUGGAGGAGCAGACGAGUAGCCUCAACCAGCUUCACACCAAGCUGGUCAGUCAGCAGGAACAGAUUGAGAGAGCACUGCAGGAGAAGAUCUUGGAGAAAGAAACUUCCUUUGCACAUCAGCUGAAGGAAAUGGAGUCUCAGCUGAACACAGCCCGAAGAGAGCACACCAAAGCAGUUGUGGCUUUGAGACAUUUGGAGAGACAGGCAGAGAGAGAGAGAGUGCGAUUGAGAGAGGUGCAGCUCCUACAGGAUGAACAGACCCAGAGGGAAAUGCAGGAUUUACAGAAGCUGCUCCAGAGAACAGACGAGGACAGAAACCUACUUUUAGCGACAGUACAAGAAAAGGAGCUCUUGGACCAUUGUAAGAAAUCUAGAACCACAGCAAUUCAUGCAUGUGAAGAACAGCAACAGCAGGAGGAGAGACCCUCUGGAAAGGUCCAGCCUUUAGAGUCCAAAGCUAACUCGCUCACAAGAGACACUCUUCUCCCUCUCCUGGAUGAUCUGCAAUCUCUAAGUGCUGUUGUGGUCAAUAGCUCAGAGGCCUCCAGUGAGGAAGAUGAGGAAGGACAGGAACACUCUCCCUUCUGAAUCCUAUUAAUGCAGAAUGUGUCAGAAAUGAUGCUCCAACCAACCAAUAAUUUUCAUUAUUUCUGAUUUUUUUUGUAUAUAAUUCUACAAGAAAAUGCUGCAGUAGGCAAUUGGAAUGCUAAAAAAAUAUGUCUUGUACAUUUUAACCCUUAUUCCCCUGUACCUAUGUUUUGCACUUAUUCUGCUCCUCUUCCCAUAAUAUCUGUCAACUUCAUUUCACUCACUGCUGUUUACA